GGUUCAGCUGCGUUAAAUGGAAAACUGCUUGUUUCCCUGGAAUGUUUUAUUCUACCCAGAACGAUAAUUAAACGAAUUAGUGCAUAUUUGCAUAUAUUAUUAAAAAUAAUAAUAAUGUAAUAAUUUCGGGCUCACAUCCCGGUGUUUUUAAGUUUUUAAAGGCGCUGAUGAAUGCUGGUGUUUGUGACUGGGCUGCGCGGAACCGCCGGCUUUGUGUUCGCGGACUCCUCCCGCUGAGUGAUGAAGUUCAGACGCGCGCCGUUGUUCCGUACGCGCGUCACCGGCGCACAGAGGAGCCUCCCGACGCGAGUGGGGAACGGAGUGAUGCGUGGAUCGCGAACACGGGAGCCUGCGAACGACACGACGCGUCGACCAUUGAGGCUCGGUUCCGGCUCCCGUCGCCGCCCGUCGCGCGAACGCUAACCCGGCUGGAUCCAGACGCCCAGCGACGCCCAGACCCGUGGGCUGACGUGGACCGCGAACCUCGGCUCGGCGAUGCUGUAGUCGAACUACUCGGGAGAGGCUCCGCGCGUCGUUCCUUGUUUUUUGGGGCUUUCUUUCUUCUCCCUCGGACCCAGGACAUGUUGGCAUGGCCGCUUCGGGAGCACAUAAGUGUCCGAAGAGUGACAAGUUGGACGAGGCGCAGGCUUUGGCCAGGAGCUGCGCGGGGAGACCGGACUUCCUGCCGUGCGACGGACUCUCCAUCUGCGCGACGCACAGCCACGGGAAGUGCUUUAAGCUGCACUGGUGCUGCCACUUGGGCUGGUGUCACUGCAAGUACGUGUACCAGCCCAUGACCAACGUGUGCCAGCUCCCCAGCACCGCCGUGCCGCCCGUCGCCUCCGGCUGCAGCAGCACCAUGGACCUGUCCGUGUCUCUGGCCGAGCGCUUCCUGAAGCUGGCGCCCUGCUUCCAGUCGCCGCCGCACCUGGAGUCGCCCAAGUACUGCGUCAUCGCCGACCUCUUCGUGGACGACUACAUCGUCAAGCGCAUCAACGGGAAGAUGUGCUACGUGCAGCGGCCCCCGCCGCCGCUGCCCGAGCCGCCCCGCCCCCCCGCGCCCUCCCCGCCCGCCCCGGCCACGCCUCAGAUGCCCAAGAGCCAGCCUCGCCCGCCCGUCCAGCCCACGGCGCCGGCUCCGGUGCAGCCCGCCCCGCCGGCGCCCAGCGACCCCAAGCACCCGUCCCCCGUGGACAAGGUAAAAGGCCCCAAAAUGGACCACUGCUCGUCCCCGUCCAGCUCCGAGGACUCCGGCAUCAACGCGCUGGGCUUGCACUACCUGGAGUCCUGCGAGGAGGAGAGCGAGGAGGAGGAGGACGACGAGCUGAGCACGGACGGGAACUCCAGCCCCGGCAGCCUCUGGGAGCAGGACGACUGCUCCGUGCUGUCGCCCUCCAAGUCCAUGAUAGAGAUCAUCGAAAAGAUCGAAACAACUGUGUAGCAGGCGACGCGGACGCCGGCUGUGAGGAAGCGCCGUCCACGCGGCCGAGCAGCCCAAAUGGCACCGGACCGACCGCCGACAUCAGCCCCAUCGCUCGUCGCUGCGGCAGAACGGAUUUUAGGUUGAAUUUGUUUUCCUGCGGGGGGGGGGCUGCAGCCCGUCCUCGACUCUGCCCGCGUUUCCUGCAUGGGGUGAAUUUCUAGAACUUAUUAUAAGAAGCACAGGAACAUCAAGCACACGCACAGUGGACCAAGCGAACGUCACGUACGUGGAAACUCCAUGUGGCAAAUCUAAAAUACAAGAGAAUUUAUAGUAGAUGUUUUUCUUUCAAAGUAAAGUGAGAGAUGCUUUAUUGACAUUUCGGAGGAAGUCUAAGCAGGUUUCAUGUGGUUUCUAGUGUUUUUGGCACUCAGAUGUAGCUCUCGUCCGACGCUGGAGUGCCAUUUCUUCAACCCACACGUUAGUUAGUAAAUGCUGACACCUCAGCGUGAAAACACAAGGCCGGCCUCCUCUCCAGGGCCAAAGCGCAUCAGCUUUACUAAACGAUUAAUCGCUAAGCGGUCGCGCUGCUGGGACAACCCUUACACAACUCUUAUCGCGUCUUUAACCGCACAAACCCAGAACCCGUCCCACUACCGUAGGAAGGUCAGCGCACUGUACGACAAUCAAAGAUUACACACAAGCACAGUCUUUUCCUAUAACAUGCUCCACACCUCCUGCCACCGCUUUUCACGCGUUUCAGGGCCGUACCAUGUGGGCGCCGAGCAAAACACGACCCCGUUGACCUCUAUUAGCGGCCGAGAAAUUAAAGAGGCAGACGAGACAGACGUCUAAUAUACACAUAGAAACUCGUAGAGUGAUGUUGUUUGCUUUGUGGGCUUGAGGAUGGAAUGUGCUGGCGAAGUCAAGCUAGAUUAGACUGUGUCACGGUUCAUUUGUGCACCUUAAUGCACCAUUAACUGGAUAUUAUGUAGAGCGUAUGAUGCUGAAUAGGUGUUCAGACGUGUGAUGGACGCGAUUCUCCAGGAAACGCGCUCAGAUAUGAAUCUGAACAGAUCGGCCAUUAUUAGGCGGCUCGUGAAGUCAAGACGGACCGGAGUUCUUUUUGUCAUUCCCUCGGAGCAAAUCGCAGACAUAUUCACAGUAUGUCUUGCUGUAAUGCUCCAAGCACUAGAUGUUGGAAAAUGAUUUUGCAUGAGCGCGUUUGUGUGCAGAAGUCCCUCGUUUGGCUCGUUCCAGGCUGGGAUUGUUCGCAGAGCGGACAGAUUCUGUACCCGUUCCAACUGAAAAAAAGUCUUUUUUAUUCAUCGACGGCCCCUCGACAUCACAGCGAACACGCUCCCUCCUAACAAAGUUCUGUUCUUAUUAUUGUUAUAUUAUUUUGAUAUGAAUAAAUCUUAACCAAACACA